AUGUUGAAGGCGGAUUCAAAAACGGCGAUGGAGCUGGUAGCUCGUGAUCUUAGGAGGCAACACAUGCAGCUUGAUCGCACGUGCUCCGACAUGCACAAAACAUUUCUUUACUUCAUCCUCUUAGUGGCUGAAGUUGUUUUGAAGGACUUCAUAUUACACCACAAUCGAAAUCCAGAUUUGCCUUCAUUCAUCUUCUACGCUACCUUGAGUUUGUCAAUGAUGUCAAACUCAACGGAAAACAGACAUGUAGCAGUCUUUGCUUUCCCCUUUGGCACCCACUAUAGGCCUCUUUUAAAUCUUGUCCUAAAACUAGCUGAAGCCUCCCCAAACUGUUCAUUCUCAUUCAUUUCCACAGCGAAAUCUAAUGCAUCCAACUUCCCAAAGCAUUACAUUCCAAAUAACAUCAAGCCCUACAACAUAAAUGAUGGAAUCCCUGCGGGUCAGUCAGUUCUAGCCAACCAUCCAAUUGGAAAAGUUAACCUUUUUCUCCAAACUGGUCCUCAGAACUUGCAAAAGGGUCUACAAAUGGCGCAAGCAGACACAAAGAAGAGAGUCACCUGCAUAAUUGCCGAUGCCUUUCUACCCUCUUCUUUCUUCCUGGCUCAGAACCUCAAUGUUCCUUGGAUUGCAUUUUGGCCUCCCAAUUCAUGCUCACUUUCUAUAUAUUUUUACAUUGACUUGAUAAUUGAGCUUGCAUACCAUGCUGGAAAUUCAACCUUGGAUUUCCUUCCCGGGUUGUCUAACAUGCGUGUUGAAGAUAUGCCACAGGAUCUGCUCAUUGUUGGAGGAAAGGAGACACUGUUUUCAAGGACACUGGUUUCACUGGGUAAGGUGCUACCUCAAGCUAAGGCACUAGUUAUAAAUUUCUUUGAGGAAUUAGACCCACCUUUGUUCAUUCAAGAUAUGAGAUCCAAAUUGCAGUCUUUACUUUAUGUUGUUCCACUUCCUUCCCUGCUAUUGCCAACAUCUGACACAGAUUCAAGCGGUUGUUUCCCAUGGUUGGACACCAUGAAGUCUAAAUCAGUGGCUUAUAUUUGCUUUGGGACUGUGGUGGCACUGCCUCCGGUAGAAGCUGUGGCGGUGGCAGAAGCAUUGGAAGAAAGUGGCAUUCCGUUUCUGUGGUCUCGCAUGGAAGGUCUAGUGGGUGCUUUGCCAAACGGGUUUGUAGAGAGAACGAAGAUGCGUGGGAAAAUAGUGUCUUGGGCUCCACAAACCCAAGUUUUGGCACAUGAUUCCGUGGGAGUUUUUUUGACUAACUGUGGAGCUAACUCUGUGAUUGAUAGUGUUUCCGGUGGGGUUCCUAUGAUCUGCAGGCCUUUCUUUGGAGAUCAAGGGGUUGCCGGAAGAAUGAUAGAGGAUGUUUGGGAGAUUGGGGUGGUAAUGGAAGGUAAGGUGUUCACUAAAAAUGGAUUGCUUAAAAACUUGAAUCUGAUUCUGGUGAAGGAAGAGGGAAAGAAGAUCAGAGACAAUGCUCUCAGGGUGAAACAGACUGUCCAAGAUGCAAUUAGGCCUGAAGGCAAAGCAGCACAAGAUUUAAAUACUUUGGUCAAAAUCAUUUCUACGUCAUAA